AAUCGCAUUUAUAGUGUACUACACUUAAAUUGUACGUUCUUGAUAGUACAUAUGAUAGUCAAAUAUUGCGAUUCUUGUUCAAGUUCGUACCUGUUUGAUAUUGGUUUUUGGCCUACCCAAAUCUCCAUUAUAAGUUUAUUCAAUGCAGACAGAUGAGCGUGUGGCGUGGUGCUUUUGAUAUUGGAGGAUAUUGGGGUCGUCGGUUACUGCUUUGGACUGAUCGACGAUUAAGAGGAAGGAGAGGAAGGAGUUCAGAUGUUCAGAUUGAAAUAGUUAUUCGGAUCAGUGGAAUGUGGACGAGUGUCAUCUGAACUGAUUGAGGGUUUUAGUUUGGGGCCUGUGUCAGAAUCGUUUCUUCUUCUCUCUCUCUUUUAUUUAAUUUCCCAUCUGAGGAUUUGAUUCGAGCUGAGAGCUUUGUAGAAAAAUUUGCAGUCUCUCCAGGCGCUUGUUGGGUUUUCUUUGUUACUAUGGUCUAUGGCUAGGAAAAUAGCAGAGGAAGAAGAAGAAGAAGAAGAAGAAGAAGAAGAAGAAGAAGAAGAAGCAGUACAGAAAGAGAGAAUAAUGUCGGAGUUUUCAAUGUUGUUCUCUGAUGAAUGAAGAAACAGAGGUCGUAGACUAACGCGGAUUAUUCAGUUUUGAAGCCAUUGAUUGACAUGGACGAAUCAAGAGAGAAGAAAGAGAUUGAUGGAGAGGGUUUGGAAGAAUCGCAGGUUCCAGAGGCGGGGGAGUUGACUUUAACGAGACUUCCGCCAUGGAAUAAGCAGAUUACACUACGAGGGCUUGUAGCGAGCUUCUUUAUCGGUAUCAUCUAUAGCGUUAUGGUGAUGAAGCUUAACCUAACGACUGGUCUUGUUCCUAAUCUCAAUGUCUCUGCUGCUCUUCUCGCCUUCAUAUUCAUCCGGACAUGGACGAAACUGCUUCAGAAGACUGGAAUUGUCUCCACACCUUUCACAAGACAGGAGAACACCGUCAUCCAGACAUGCGCCGUAGCUUGUUAUGGCGUUGCUUCUACAGGUGGUUUUGGUUCGUAUCUGUUGGGAUUAAAUAAGAAGACAUAUGAACAGGUAGGGGUUGAUACAGAAGGAAAUACUCCAGGGAGCUAUAAGGAGCUUGGGGUUGGUUGGAUGACUGGUUUUCUAUUUGUGACCAGCUUUGUGGGACUCUUGGCCUUGGUUCCACUUAGAAAGAUCAUGAUAAUAGAUUACAAGUUGACUUAUCCAAGUGGCACAGCUACUGCUGUUCUCAUUAAUGGGUUCCAUACUCCUCAGGGAGAUAAGAUGGCUAAGAAGCAGGUUCUUGGGUUUGCAAAGUUCUUUUCGAUCAGCUUCCUAUGGAGUUUCUUCCAGUGGUUCUAUUCCGGAGGAGUGCUUUGUGGAUUCUCACAGUUCCCUACUCUUGGGUUGAAAGCUUGGAAGCAAACGUUCUUCUUCGAUUUCAGCAUGACCUAUAUUGGAGCAGGGAUGAUCUGUUCCCAUCUGGUGAACUUGUCUUUGCUUCUGGGUGCUGUGCUCUCGUGGGGGAUUAUGUGGCCACUGAUUAGUGGUCUAAAAGGAGAUUGGUUCCCUGGGAAUAUACCAGAAAGCAGUAUGAAGAGUUUGAAUGGUUACAAGGUCUUCAUCUCCAUCGCUCUCAUCCUAGGGGAUGGGCUCUACAAUUUUAUUAAGACAUUCAUUUUCACCUCCAGAAGUAUCUUUGCUGGAUUGAACAAGAGAAACCUUAAAACAGAUCACAAGGAUGAGGCCCUUGAUGAUCCUCAAAGAAAUGAAUUGUUCAUGAGAGAGCGCAUUCCAUUGUGGAUCGCAUACACAGGAUACGCCGCCUUCUCCAUUAUUUCAAUCAUUGUGAUUCCACUAAUGUUCCCCGAGUUGAAGUGGUACUAUGUGGUGGUAGCCUAUAUCCUUGCUCCUUCUUUGGGAUUCUGCAAUGCUUAUGGUGCUGGUCUCACUGAUAUGAACAUGAGUUACAACUAUGGGAAAGUAGCCCUUUUCGUGCUUGCAGCCUUGGCUGGAAAAGACAAUGGUGUGGUUGCUGGGCUUGUUGGAUGUGGCCUAAUUAAAUCAAUUGUCUCCAUUUCCUCCGAUCUGAUGCAUGAUUUCAAGACUAGUCAUCUCACUUUUACUUCCCCUCGCUCGAUGCUCCUGAGUCAGGCUAUUGGAACGGCCAUAGGCUGUGUGGUAGCUCCUUUAACUUUCUUUCUCUUCUACAAUGCCUUUGAUGUGGGCAACCCAAAUGGCGAGUUCAAGGCCCCAUAUGCCAUAAUCUACCGAAACAUGGCAAUUCUUGGUGUCCAAGGCUUUUCUGCAUUGCCUCACCAUUGCUUGCAGCUCUGUUAUGGCUUUUUUGCUUUUGCGGUUGGGACCAACUUGCUGAGGGAUCUUUCCCCACCUUACAUUGCGAACUGGGUACCACUACCAAUGGCCAUGGCAGUGCCCUUCCUAGUUGGUGCCUACUUUGCCAUUGAUAUGUGUGUCGGGAGCUUGAUCGUGUUUGUUUGGUACAAGCUUGACAGCAGGAAGGCUGCUCUGCUGGUUCCUGCGGUUGCUUCUGGUUUAAUCUGUGGGGAUGGGUUGUGGCUCCUUCCCUCGUCCGUCCUAGCAAUGCUUAAGAUUACUCCUCCCAUCUGCAUGAAUUUUGUUGCCGCUUAGGUUUGGGAAUAACCCAGCACAGAAGAAGGCAACAGGUGAAUGAAUAAAUAAAUAGGGGAACGAUAACAAGAAGGAAGAACUGUUGAUGUCACAAGAAAUCUGAUGAGUUAAAUUAUAUAUACUGGAAUUGAUGUAGAAUUUCUUCCUGGUUGAGCUUGGGUGGGUAGAGGUGUUUCUUGCCCAAAUGGUGUUUUGUACACUGUUACUGAAUGAAACAGAUAAAGGUUUCGCAACUCAUUCUUGGCCACUUCAGCAUUGACCAUCCAAAGAGUUUUCUGGGAGUGUUCAUGGAGGCGAACAUUGGUUUAUGAAGUCAUGAAAGCAUGUGUUGUAGUAUGUUCCAACAUCAGAAUUUCAGCUUUAUUCUAGAGUAUGAAUCAACACCUUAAUAUAGUAGCUAUGUCUCUGUUUUUUUGUGAAACCGAAAAGAAGAGAGGGGAAUAGAUAGCAGUUAAACAUCAACUUAGAGUAGGUUUUAGUCAUUUUUGAUAUCCUGGGUGCAGGUGGGGUGCAGGAGUAAGUGCUCUUGACUUUUUAAAUGACAAGAACAUGUAUCCUUUUGUAGGGUUGGUGAAAGCUUAGUAGGAGGCUCAAUCUCAAUAUAAAGGGCAUUGGAAAACUCUCCUUUUUAAAGCUUCAUAGUUUGAAAUAUGUGUUGGGAUCUUGAGUGAAGAAAAAUUCCAGCUGAAUGCUGAAGCUAAUUCAAAUCAAUUAUCUGUUUUUCUGA